UAAGGAGCGUUUAGUAGAAGGUAUACCUCUACCGAAACCAACAGGUGAGGGGAACAUUACUUCCUCUCUUAACGAAGAUGCUACAUACACAUGGGGUGUGUAUCCUUUAAUCUACGUACUUAAAGACACUGAAGGCAAUUAUGAUACCUGUCGCUCAAAACUGUAUGUCCAAUACGGAUUCUGUGAAUAUCCACCUCAGUUGGACUGUUCCAAUCAGACGCAAAGUUGUUUGCCUCCUUGCAAUUCAAGCCUUUCGUUUCCUCAAGACAGCAUGGUUUGUGGUAAACUUGGUACCUACGACUGGAAGAACCCCUUUGUGAAACAUAUAUUCCCAUCUUGUGGACAAAGAACCGAUGCCCUGGUAAACGUCACUGCCAAUUUCCAAAAUGUGUCUGAUUCAGGAUGCGACAGCAGUUCAAAAACAGAUUUAGAAUCAGACAUUAUACAGCUGGCAAAGAAUGUAGAUAAUAGAUGGCCUGGACUUUGUCUAGAACAGAGAGAUAAUUGUUCAAACAUGAAUAUCGUUAUUGAGUGUCAAAAUGAUGGCAAAACAGCAAACGUUGUCGUCACAGUGAACAAUGUUAAGGCCAAACUGAAGCAUGCUACUUUUGGCAAUGUAGAGACCACAGAACAAAUCUUAAAAUUUAUGCUAAAAAUGUUAGCCCUGGAUAAAAAGGUCAACGUUGACACCAAGAAGUAUUGUAAAAUGGGCUCUGAACUUGUUGAAGAUACAUGUAUUGCCUGCACUCCUGGUAUGUUCUAUGACACAAGCACCAAAGCUUGUCACUUGUGUUCAUUGGGCUCCUAUCAAGAUGAAAAUCAACAGACUUCAUGUAAAAGUUGCCCCAGUGGUAACACAACAAUGGCAAAAGGAUCUCAAUUACUAAAACAUUGUUCAGUGCCAUCAUGUCCAGUGGGUAAAUCUUACAACAGGACCACUGAGAAAUGUAUGGAAUGCCAGAAAGGAUUUUAUCAAGACAAAGUUGGUCAAACUUAUUGUGAACCUUGCCCAUUGGGACAGGACACUCCAGAUGUAGGGGCCAUUUCAAAGAGCAAUUGCAACAAAGAGGUAUGUCCAUCUGGGAGUGAAAAGAUCCGUGGAAAAUGUGAGUUAUGUCCACUUGGUUACUAUAGAAGAUGGUAUAUCGAUGACAUUUGUCUACCUUGCCCAACAGGAACCACAACAAAGGCUGUCGGAAGCAAGAAACUAACCGACUGUACUAUACCCACAAAGAGGGAUGGGCACCCUCUGUGGUCAACAGGUCUGCUAAAAAUAGCAAUCAAGUUUUCUCCUCAAUCACACUUAUUUAAAAAAAUUUUAUUUCUAGUAUAUUGUAAACCUGGCUUUUACAUGUCAAGUGACUCGAAAUGUUUACCGUGUCCUCGAGGGUACUUCAAAGAACAAUCAGGCAACGCAGCAUGUACCAAAUGUCCCCAGGAAGAUAGAACAACACCUAAAGAAGGGACUGUUUAUUCUACAGACUGCACUCUUGUAUUAUGUAAGCCAGGACACUACCUGAACAGCAAUGAAGAGAAGUGCUACCCAUGUCCAGUGGGCUCUUACAAGACCACACAUAAUCGUGACAUUACUUGUGAGAGUUGCCCUAAGGAUAGGUCGACACCAACAACUGGAUCUCAGUCCGUUACAGAUUGUUCCAUAGUGACAUGUAAAGCAGGGAGCUACCUCUCAUCAACUGGUUGCAAAGAAUGUGCUAAAUCCUAUUACCAACCACAACCGAAAAUGACUGAAUGCAUUCGUUGCAGUGAGGGCAAAACAACUUAUGAAACAGGAGCCACUUCUGGGUUGCAAUGUUUACAUAUCUGUCCUCAAGGAGAAUCUAUGAACUAUACCAAAACCCUGUGUACCCAGUGUUUAAGUGGAUAUUAUGGGGACCGUCAAAUUUCUCAGUUCUGUGUGAAAUGCCCAACAGGAAAGACAACUAUCGGAACUGGUCAGGAAUCUCUCAGCAAAUGUAUUAAAAUACCUGACACUAUGGCACCGGGUGAAAGUGCAUCUGUGACACUUUACAUGAACUUCAAGUUUUACCUUCCACAUUGCACCACUCAACGAAGCCAGCAACUGUAUGAACACCUCAUUACUGAUCUUGUUCGAGACAACUUGAUUACCUUAGGCAAAACAUGGCUGGGACUGUGUACAAAUAAAUGUAAAUCCCUACAGACUUACGUGAAAUGCUUCAGUACAAAUACGACCCAAACUAAUGCGCAGAACAUAAAAGUACCAAUAGAUGUCACUGUCAAAAUUACUGAUGUGAAGUACAAUUUAUUUAACAUUAAGGAUAACAUUACAGUCCUUGCUGCCAGUGUAAUUGGUCAACAUUGCUUGAAGCUAUCAAGUUACACUUUGAUCGAACAAAAUAUAAUACCAGUGUGUGCUUGUACAGUCACCCUUUCAUGUUAUUGUGUUGAUGGCCAGAUACCAAUACAAGGGAAAUACAAAUGUGGUAACAACUGUCGACCAUGUCCACGUGGUACUUACCACAAUACCAGUAUAUCACAGUGUCAAUCAUGCCCAAAAGAUCAUUACCAAGACCAAACCGGGUCCAUAAAAUGCAAAAGCUGUCCAUCUUCAUUGAGGACCGAACGUAAGGGAGCUCGAUCCAAAGAUGACUGCAGUGAUAGGCGUCAGUUGUCAUUGAUUAUAAUAGUGUUGGCUUGCGUAUUUGGUUUAUUGCUCAUAAUUUUGAUCGUGGUUGGUAUUUAUUUGACCAUGAGGAAAGGCCGGCAAAGAUCUUUAAUGCAACGUAUGAAAAGGACACUGACGGAACCAUACAGCAACCCAUUAUUCAGGAAUAAAUAUAACACUAACAAGAUGGAAUCAAGUCGUAGAGUAAAAUGGUCAGAGCCUGACAACUAUUCACCAAAUUAUGUGUCACCAUAUUUUGAAGCAGAACAUGAUUUCAUGCGUUAAUCUUCAGGAAUGAUGACAUGAUCCUACAAAAAACUGUUAAUCCUAAUCCAGUUAUCUGUGACUGUUACUAUUAAUACUAACUCUAUUGUUACUAAUGCAAAAUAUUAUUAUUGUUUUUUUUUUGUGUGUGUAUGGUAAGCAUCAUAAAGUAAGAGUUGGGCUGCAAGCUCUCCCAUACUCUUUCUAACAGGGUUAAGUCUGCAACUUCAAGAUGAGACUUAGAAAACUGUUGUUGUUUCCUGUUUCAUAGCAAUUUGCUAAUUCACUUCAAAAAUGGUGCGAAAUGCUCUUCCAAACAAACAAACAAAAAAAAUCUAAAAUUAAAUUUAGAAGAAAAAUGAUGUCAUCACAUGUUUAUUCCUCAUUCCCAACCUCUUCCCCCCACCCUUGUAAAUGUCUGACCCAGUAAUAUUAAUUUAAAUACAUGGAAGAGGUACAGGAUGCAAUGUGAAGAAUAUUUUCAGUAAUAUGAUGUAUUUACGAAAUAAUUGUUUCAUAUUUAGAUGUAACAGCUUAAAAUUUGGGAUAUUUAAAAAUAAAAAAAACUGGGAGUAAAUAGGAAGUUGUGAAGCUCAUGCCUUUCCCCCGAAAACUUAGAGUUGAAAAUGGCAUUGUCAUAUCUCCCCACAUGAGAAUCGAAACCGUAUAAACAUGUCACAGACUCUGCAAUACUUAUCUUCCUUCUAUACAAUGUUUCACUUUAUGAUAACCAAGAUCCAGUAUCCACACACAUACACAUACACAAGCAUACAUAUAUAUACACACACACACACACACACACACAUAUAUAUAUAUAUAUAUAUACAUACAUACAUACAUAUA